GUCAACUCACAACGAGAUGGAAAAGAACCGACGUGCCCACCUGAGGCUCUGCCUGGAGAAGCUGAAGGGGCUGGUGGGGCUGGGCCCGGCCGCUGGCAGACACACCACCCUCAGCCUGCUCACCAAAGCCAAACUGCACAUCAAGAAGCUGGAGGACUAUGACAGAAGAGCUGCCCACCAGAUCGAGCAGCUCCAGCGGGAGCAGCGGCACCUCCAGAGGCAGCUGGAGAAGCUGGGGGUGGAGAGGACCAGGAUGGACAGCACCAGUUCCACCAUCUCCUCCGAGCGCUCCGACUCGGACCGAGAAGACCUGGAGGUGGAUGUGGAGAGCAUGGAUGAACUUCCAGCAGACCUGGACUGGAGCAGCAGCUCUCCCAGCGACUGGGAGGAGCGGAGGAGCCCGCGCAGCGCUCUGGAGCACCUCGAAGCCCAGUUGGUGGUGCCCAAGUCCCCGUUUCACUCCUGGUUGUCUCUCCUCUCCCCUUCCCCACAGAAGCUGGAGGACUAUGACAGAAGAGCUGCCCACCAGAUCGAGCAGCUCCAGCGGGAGCAGCGGCACCUCCAGAGGCAGCUGGAGAAGCUGGGGGUGGAGAGGACCAGGAUGGACAGCACCAGUUCCACCAUCUCCUCCGAGCGCUCCGACUCGGACCGAGAAGACCUGGAGGUGGAUGUGGAGAGCAUGGAUGAACUUCCAGCAGACCUGGACUGGAGCAGCAGCUCUCCCAGCGACUGGGAGGAGCGGAGGAGCCCGCGCAGCGUCUGCAGCGACGAGGGUUAUUCCAGCUCCGGCCUCCGGAGGGUGAAGUCUCCCAGCGACCACAAACCUCCCCCUGCUCCGUGA